AUGAAUUCGAGUCAUGGAAAAUAUAAUAACAAGUCUGGCUCAAUGAAUGCUUUUGAUUUCGAUCUUGGAAUCGGGACGGGACGCCCCAAAACUUUGAACGAUCAGAAAAAACAAACUUCCUCGUAUUCGUCCACCUCGUAUACGUAUUCAUCUGCGUACUCGAAGCCGAGUACGACACCGGCAUGGACCCAUAAACCGGUGAAUCCCGUCCAGUCUACUGGAUCUGGGUCUUUGUCCGGCCCGACGUCCAUGGUGGGAGAUAUUUUUGGGAAGAGCUGGAACUCUUCGGCUCCGAUGAACUCUGGUGGCUCGGGUAUCGGGAUUGUGAAUAGUAAGAACCCGAAUUUGUUUGGAGAUUUAGUGAGCUCGGCAAUAGGUGGCAACAAGAACAGCACCAACGUGCCAUUGAAAAACGCAGCUCCAACUGCAAAUAAGAACACGUACUCGAUGGGGGGAAUGGCUGAUUCAUUGCCCAGAAUGGACAGUUCUGUGAACAAUGGUGGAAGGUCGGGGACUAAUGUUAGUAAUAGCAGUGGAACUAUGAAUUGGGGUGGAAGUUAUCUAAAGAGUUCGAGUAUUGGUGGUGGGAAUGUGAAUUUGAGUGGGAAUACUGCUAAGAGUUCAAAUCUAGGUGGUCCAUCUAUGAAGAGUAUGGCAGGAAGUGGCAGUAUGAGUUCAAAUAAGGACCCUUUUGGAUCUUUGGUUGAUUUCAGCUCUAAGCCAACUGGUGGUAUGAAAUCUGAGAAUAAAGGGAGCAAGAAGAGCGGUCUUGAGGAUGAGUUUGGGGAUUUUAAAAAUGUGGCUCCAAAAGCAAGUGGAUCUUCAUUUCCAUCGAGUGCCUUUCCUACGACUAAUACUGAUCCAAUGGAUGAUUUUGGGUUUUCAAAUCCUCAGCCUCAGGCUCAAAGUCAGCCAUCAGGGCAAUCUGUGGGGGUAAAUGAUUUUGAUGCAUUAUUUUCUUCUUCCGGUGGCAGCGCAAACCACGGUCAAGGAUUUGAGAGCCAGCAGUUUUCAGGGGGUGAUGAUUGGGGUAUGGAUUCAGAAUUUGGAGGGCACGAUACUGGUGGGACCACUGAGAUUGAAGGGCUUCCACCCCCACCUGCCGGAUUUACUGGUUCAGCUGCAAAGACUAAGGGUAUGGAUAAUCUUAAGCAGGGGCAGUAUGCUGAUGCUAUCAAAUGGUUGUCUUGGGCUGUCAUUCUUCUUGAAAAGGCCGGGGACAAUGAUGGGACUACAGAGGUUUUAACCUGCAGAGCUUCAUGUUACAAGGAAGUUGGGGAGUACAAAAAGGCUGUGGCUGACUGCACAAAGGUGCUGGAGCAGGAUGACUCAAAUGUAUCUGUCCUCGUACAACGUGCUCUUCUUUACGAGAGCAUGGAGAAAUACAAGCUUGGGGCAGAGGACCUCAGGACUGUUAUGAAACUCGAUCCUGGCAAUAGAGUUGCUAGAAGUACCAUUCAUCGUUUGACUAAGAUGGCUGGCUAUUAG